AUGGCGAUGGCCAGGAAGCCUACCUGCGCUCUCCCUCUCCUCCUUGUAGCCUUCCUCUGCUUCACAUGCUCUGUCUUUGCUCACAUCCACGACGACUACGACGAUCCGAGGUACGGGCCUGGGGGUUUCGGCCGUGGUCCCGGCCCGAAAGGCGGCUAUGGACGCGGUCCGCGCUUCGGACGUGGACCGUUUGGCCGUGACUGCCGCUUCGGCCGCUGCCGCGGAGGUGGUGGCCUCGGUGGUGGAGGUGGCGCGGGUGCUGGAGGAGGCUUUGGUGGUGGCGUCGGAGGUGGUGCAGGAGGUGGGCUUGGUGGUGGAGGCGGUGGUGGAUUUGGAGGAGGCGGCGGCGGUGGACUCGGAGGUGGUGGUGGUGGUGGAGGCGGCGGUGGAAUGGGUGGCGGAGGCGGUGGUGGACUCGGAGGAGGUUCGGGAGGAGGCUUUGGAGCGGGCGGCGGUGUAGGUGGUGGAGCCGGCGGUGGUGGCGGCCUUGGUGGCGGUGGAGGCGGCGGCAUGGGUGGCGGUGGAGGUGGAGGGCUUGGAGGAGGUAAGGGUGGAGGCUUUGGAGCCGGUGGUGGUAUGGGAGGUGGGGCUGGCGGAGGUGGCGGCCUUGGUGGUGGUGGCGGUGGCGGCAUGGGUGGCGGUGGAGGUGGAGGGCUUGGAGGAGGUAAGGGUGGAGGUUUUGGAGCCGGCGGUGGUAUGGGAGGUGGAGCUGGCGGAGGCGGUGGUGCUGGAGGAGGAUUCGGUGGCGGAGCAGGCGGUGGCGUUGGAGGAGGAGGCGGCCUUGGUGGUGGCGGCGGCGGCGGUAUGGGCGGUGGUGGAGGCGGUGGGAUGGGCGGUGGCGCCGGCGGCGGGUUCGGUGGCGGAGCAGGUGGAGGACUCGGUCAUGGCGGUGGUCUCGGAGGCGGAGGUGGCCUCGGUGGUGGAGGCGGCGCCGGAGGAGGCCUCGGGCACGGCGUUGGUCUCGGCGGAGGCGGCGGUGGCGGCCUCGGCAUCGGCAUUGGUGUUGGCGUCGGAGUAGGGAUGGGCGCGGGGGCAGGCGGCGGCGCCGGUGCGGGUGCGGGUGCGGGUGCUGGCGGCGGCGGGCGUUGAUUCAUCCGUCGACGUCGAGUUUAAAGAGAAGCUAUGCAUGCACGCGUGCGGCAUGCAUGCGUAAUGGACGCGCGCGCGAUACUCGAUCUCCUUUCCAAACGAUGUGUGUAUGUUCACGUUCUGCGCUGCCUGGAGUAGUUACGAAUUACUCUGUGAUGUGGUCAAAUUUCCGUUAAUUUCAGUCCUGUGUCUGCUGUGUAGCUAGUCUUUUCUCAUUGUUGACAUUGUUGUCGGUGUCCAAAUGUUUGUAAUAAUCUAUAUAUAUGCUGGGGAAAAAAAGAGUCGAAUGAUUAAUAAUACAGUCCUAGUGAUUUUUUUUUCAUGUAUUCCAUCCAGGCUUUCAGCUUGUUUGAACUUCAGAGACUUCAGAGUUUCUGAGGAUC